AGAGAGAGAGAGAGAGAGAGAGAGAGAUGACAACAGGAGCGCGCGGUUAGAGAGCUGAGCCACAGAGAACUGCUGAGCUGCGCUGGAGUUUGAAAGUCUUUGCGGAGAGACUUAAAACGGCAACGGUGAUAUAAAUACCCCGCUUUUAACCGGAUUAAAGCCAUAACACUUCCCUUCCAUGAGAAAGUCUGUGCAGUGCAGUGGAGAGGAGGAACCGCGCGCGCGCCCCAACGCAGCGUCACAGGAGGCUCGUGCUCUCAUAGCUGUGAACUCAGAGUGGUGAGCUGAGACAGGAGCAGAAGUACAUCGGGUACGGCUUUGGAUAUCUUCCCGCCUGAUUUGACUGAAGCUCCGGCCAGGACAGCAUUAAAAAUACAUAUCCCAAAGGAAGACUCUGGCUUCACACACACACACACACACACACACACACACAGAAAUAAAUCAAUACACCCAAGCUGUGAUUUCUUCAUCACUUUUCCCUGCAGCAACAUACUGAGUGGGCAGCGAAAAGACCGGCUGAGCAGAUUCUAUUUCUGCAGCACUGUCCGGAUUACAGAAAUGUUUGUAGAGUUCAUAUUUUUUUUAAACUAGUCUGCCAAUUUUAGGACCUAUUUUUCCAAUUUCAAAAGCAAAAAAGCAACAUCUGCUAAUUCAAUAUGUAUUUCCAUUAACUUUCCUUCCUCUGAUGGAGCAUAACUAUUUUUCUUCCUAUUUAUCACCUUCUACUUUGCAUUUAAAUCAAAGUCCAGUGCUCUAACCUCAUUAGUCGAGUACAGUAGGUUUAGAUUAGCAGCGAUAACUGACAGACCAUCCGGAAAGUCAGCAAUUGAAGCUCUUUUUCUUUUUCCCACCCUUGACUGUAAUGCUGCGUUAAUCAAAACAAUCAAUCAUUGAAACCGACUCCUAAUUUUCUUUCCGCACAGUGCAAAACUCAUUAGCAUAUUUAUUAGCCGGAGAUGCAUCCGAUCAUGUGAAAUGUGACACUGACCACACGUUCGGCCCUCGUGGCUCGGAGGAGAUGCGCAGAAAGUGAAAUGUGCAAGAGCCCGACAAGCUUUUUAAGCUCAAUAGAACCUGACGCAAGCUUAGAGGGAGGAAAGGAAGAGAAGAAAGCAGGGGAGGGAGGAAUUCAGGCACACAUCUUUAUUUCCCACCCACAAGAUGAUUCAUGCUUGUAUGAAGCACCAAUUAAAAAAUAUUAAAGAUGGAUUGCUUGCUCUAGAAUAAAGGAAAGAGCUGCACUCGAGUUCGUCUGAGAUCUCCUCAACAAUCACUACCCUCAAAUCAGGAUGGACAGCCUGGAUGAAUUGGAGCACCCGCUUUUGGAUGACAGCCCCACACACUCAUCCAGAACGGGCAACAGCGGCCUCUUCAAGGGCAUUUUUGUGAGAUGCGAAGAGGAAAAAAGACCUCCCUCCCUAGCAUGGAGGAGCUAUUCUGGUCCUACAGAUGUAUCUCAACAGCAGCUGCUGGAUCCAUGUUCUCUCCCCAGCACACUUGAGUCCUUCUACACGCCUUCUGCUCCUCUCUGGGGCCCUGCAGACUCCCUGGGCCUCCACAGCAAGGAGUAUCUGGAAACCACAUUCAUGGACAUCGGCCCUGGAUCUCCUCUGGAGCGGAAGCUGCUGGCAGUGAGCAGAGACGUCCACAGCGUGUCCUACAGCAUGGAGGACGAAGACGACCUGCUGCCAGACUUUGAGGAUUCCUCGAGUGACGACUUCACUGACACAGAAAGCGAAAGCAACUUCCCACUUAUGAUCCCACAGGAUCACCUUGGUCUGGCCUUCUUCUCCAUGCUCUGCUGCUUCUGGCCUUUAGGCAUAGCCGCCUUCUAUUUGUCUCAAAAGACGAACAAAGCGUGGGCGCAGGGUGACUUUCAGGCAGCGAGCAAGGCGUCUCGUCACACUCUGUGGCUCUCCAUCAUCUCCAUCAUCUUCGGCAUCAUCACCUACAUCUGCGCCGUCGCUGCGCUCAUCUCCUACCUCUCCGGGAAGCCGCCCUAAAGUGUGAUCAGUGUCAAGCCCCUCCCCUUUGACAGUACUGUCCCCACCUCCUGAAGACUCAAUAAAAUUCUGCACAUACACUCACACAGAUUUGUACCAUGUAUUAACGCUGGGCUUUUAUUUGAAACAAAAUUUCCUGGAUCCAAACCUUCUGGACUUGUCGAAGGAUGGAUGCUAAUGCGACAGAUGGGAAAUGGAUCACAAGACAAAUCUAACAGAAGAAACACGUCUCUGUUUUGUUGGAACCCUUACAGCUGUGCAGCGGCGGCACAAUGCCAUGGAGCCAAACCAGCUUGCGUAGAUAGGAGAGCUGGCUCCUCUUAAAAAGUUUUUGAGACCUGAGGGUUCGUUUGAAGGAUCUGACAAGUUCUAAAAGAAUAGGACUUUCAGCAGGUCGUGUUCCUCCUGCUCCUGUAAAACACUGGCAUGGUUUUAGUUACUAGUAACAUCUGGAUACAAAUUAUAGGACACAGCUAUUCAUAAACACACACUUUUGUGACAAUAAUUCUUUCCUGACCCAAAUUCGUUUAGCCAUUCAUUAUUAAUUAAGCGCUUUAUCCUGAUCAGGGUUGCGGUGGAUCCAGAGCGUAUCCCAGGAACACCAGGCAAUAGGCCAAAAUACACCCUGAAUAGGACAAACACAAUUUCUAGCAGAACGUUUUUGGGAAGUGGGAAGAAACCGGAGUACAUGAAGGAAUCAUGACACAGAAACAGAGAGAACAUGGAACUCUCCACACAGGCACUAGACCCGAGCUCAGUAUCGAACACUGGUGCUGUGAGGUAGCAAUGCCAUCCACUGUAUCACCAUGUCCUUUGUUAAGGAUUCAGUGUGUGCCAAAAAAUAUUUCCAUGAAGGACAACAAAUGGAGCAGUAGUAGGCAAACGUAAUGCAGUAAUUGUAUCAGUUGCUGACAGGGUUGGAAAUCAUGAAUUAUGUGGCGCCUGGGAAAACCCUUCACAUGUAUAACGUUCCUUUUUGUGCAUCUUGAACAGAAGUAAGAUUGCAGCUUUUAUUAUUAUUAUUAUUAUUAUUAUUAUUAUUAUUAUUAUUAUUAUUACUCCAAAAGUUAAAAUGCAUAAAAAUGCAUUUAAAGAUUUGUUUCACACACCUCUGGAUUUAAAACCUAUAAAACAAAACUCAAAACAACAAAAAAAAAAACUCUAAAACUCUAAAAACAACAUUAUUCACUCAUUUUAACAGAUUCUAUGUUUGUAAUAGCUAAAAAAAGCUAUGUGAAUUCUCACUUGCACGCAGCUUCGUCGUCUCCUCACUCGACUGAUUUCCGUUCACCGUCGGUGAGGAUAUAAUUGCUGAUUAAUUCAGUCAGCUCUGUUAACUAAAUGAAUUGUUCUUUAAACAUUUUAAUUGGCUCACCCGAGUGUAUAAGCACUCUUCUCAGUUUUGAUGAUGAUAUCCCGUUAUAUCAGCUGUCUGAAUCAAACUGAACUGAUUUUGGCUUAUGUCUGUUUUGUGUAUGACAGAAUAACUACAUUCUUAUCUAAAAUGAUUUUUUGCAGGCAGAAGGUAAGAAAGUAGCCUAACUAAAAACAUUUCCAUGUCGUUUUGGUGAAAUAUAUGUAUAGACGAUGUAUGUUAUCGGCAGAAGAACCCUGUCGUUUUUUUCAUUCCAGCCACACUGACAUCCGAAGGGUUUUCCUAGACCACCACACAAAUGUGACCCACUUUCAGGACGCCGUUAACGUUGACUCUUCUCCAUGGGACCGUUUUCUGAAGUGUCACCUCACGUAGGUGUCAGGGUUAAGGAUGUGGGUCAUGAAAGCUCUGGGCAGUUUGACCUGGUGUAAUCCUAACAAGCGAACGAGUACUGCCUCAGUUUAAAUACAAACCUGAACUUUUUCUUCACUUCACCAUCAGUGUUUCUUUGCUUGUCGUCUGAUCUCCACAGCAUUACGGUGUAUUUUUCCUGCUCGGGUGGAUCUCCAUCUGUUUGAUUACAGGCAUGCAGUGAGAUUCUGAAAUUAAUGUGUGUGAAAGUUUUUGCUCUGAGACCUUACACCAAGUUUGUCCUUCCAUCCUUAAGAUGACUACAACUACUCUACAGAAUCUGCAAGGGGAUC